CCCUAAUAACCUCUUUCUCAUCACAAUUCACAAAAACACAAACCCUAAAAAUAACAAUUCACAAUUCCUCGCGCCGUUUUUCUUUCUCUCUCUCUCUUUUCUUCAAGAUCAAGAAAUUGAAGAAGAAAUUGUUCAAGAUGAACAAGCAGAAUGAAGAAGAGCCAGCAAUCAUGAUCCGUGAAGUUUGGGCUUUCAAUUUAGAUUCUGAAUUCAGUCUGAUCCGUCAACUUGUCCCUCACUAUCGUUUCGUCUCGAUGGACACUGAGUUUCCAGGAGUGAUCUAUACACCCAAAGUUGAUUACCGUUCUCUUCAACCCUCUGAUCACUAUCGUUACUUGAAGGCUAACGUUGAUGCUCUUAAACUCAUCCAACUCGGUCUCACACUCACUGAUGCUAAUGGUAACCUCCCCCGUGUUGAUUCCAACUACUGCAUAUGGCAAUUCAAUUUCCGUGAAUUUGAUGUUGAACAUGAUCCUCAUAACCAAGAUUCCAUUCAGAUGCUUCAGCGUCAAGGAAUUGAUUUGCCCCGCAAUUUUCUUCACGGUGUCGAUUCGUUGCGUUUCGCUGACUUGAUGCUCAAGUCUGGACUUGUUCUUAACACAUCAGUUGUUUGGGUCACGUUUCAUAGUGCUUAUGAUUUCGGGUAUUUGGUCAAGACAUUGAUUCGAAGAGACCUACCAGACACCUUACAAGAGUUUUUAGGUACCUUGACUAUAUUGUUCGGUAACAAUGUGUACGAUAUGAAACACAUGAUGAAGUUUUGCAACAGUUUGUAUGGUGGUCUGGACAGAGUUGCUACCACACUCAAUGUGUGCCGAGUUGCCGGAAAGUCCCAUCAAGCCGGAUCCGACAGUUUACUUACCUGGCUUGCAUUUAAAAAGAUGGUGGAUACUUAUUUCAUCAACAACGAGGUUCAAAAGCACGCUGGGAAACUAUUUGGGUUAGAAAUUGCAGCUUAGAAAAACAAAAUUGUAGACACGAUUCAUAUAUAUUAAAAAUAUAGUACAUUCUUUGAUUAUUUACUUA